AUGUCGAAACAAAGGCUAAGCCGCGAGUCCUACAAAGUAGGAUGGAUCUGUCCGUUAGAAGUGGAACAGGUCGCGGCAUUGCAGAUGCUGGACGAGGAGCAUGAGCGUCUCCCACAACCUCGCGGAGACACAAAUAUUUACAAUCUUGGCAGUAUUAAUGGCCAUAACGUCGUGAUUGCUGGUCUUCCUCGCGCUGGGAAUUGUCCUGCAGCCACUGUCGUUACUCAAAUGAGGAUGACUUACCCAAACCUCAAAUUCGGUCUUCUAGUAGGUAUCGGCGGCGGCGUACCAAGAAAGACAGAAUCUGGUAUGAUUCGUCUAGGGCAUGUUGUGGUCAGUGAACCGACUGGUGUACACUCUGGAGCAGUGCAAUACGAUCACGGAAGGGCGAGGACGGGUCACUUCGAACGAACAGGCUUCCUCGCGCCUCCACCAACAGCCCUUCUUAAUGCCACACGAGAGAUAGCUGUACGACGUCAGCUAAUCGACGAUGAUCCUAUUUGGGGAAAUCUGAAAAGAAUCGAUACUAGUCGCCGAGCACUUCGUCGAUUCGAGUUUCCCGGGUCUAUAAACGAUUAUCUGUAUCCAUCGGAUUAUACGCAUAAAAAGGAUGGGGCAUCAUGUCAAGAUUGCGGGUGUGACAUUAAUCAACGGAUUAAGCGACCAGUAGAUGACGAUGAGGAAGAGGUUUCAUUCAUUGUUGUACACAGGGGCACGAUAGCAUCCGGAGAAAUGGUGAUAAAGGAUGCUCAGAAGAGAGAUCAAUUGGCGCAGGAGCACGGGGUGUUAUGCUUUGAGAUGGAAGCAGUUGGGGCACUUUCCGAUUUCCCAUGUUUGGUUGUCCGGGGCAUUUCGGACUACUGUGACACGCAUAAGAAUGAUAUAUGGCACGGAUACGCAGCAGGGGUGGCUGCUGCCUACGCAAGACAAUUGUUUUUCUAUAUGGCCAUUGAAGAGUCGAAGGUUUCUUUCAGUGCUGACAUAAAGACAAGACCAGAUGCACUGGAGAUUAAUAAAUCACCAAGUCCAAUUCAAACUGGGGCAUUUCUUCGAGCUGUCAAGGACGGUCAAAUCAAGGAUAUCGAAUCCUGGCUAGAAAUAGUGGACGUGAAUGCCCGAGACCCGCGCAGUGGGCGCACAGCGCUUUCAUUCGCAGCCGAGGCUGGCAAGAUUGAUGUGGCCAAGACUCUUCUUGAGCAUCACGCCUCAGUUAAUGUUCGACAAUAUAGUCGCCCAGGUGAUAAAAGCCAUGUCGGACCAGCAUGGACAAAUGGACGGUCCGAGUUAAGCUGGGCGGUUGAUCGCGGACAUGCCGAAAUGACUGAGCUUCUGUUGAGGCAUGGUGCACAUCCGAAUAGUCGGAACACCGUGGGACAAUCAGCGCUUCAUUAUGCAUGCAUGAGAGACGAUCGCAGGAUUGCGAGAAAUUUGCUUGAGAAAGGGGCAGAUGUUAAUUGUUCGCACAAUGGCUGGAGACCGGUCCACGAGGCACUCUUCAGAAACCAUUUUAAUCUUCUCAGGAUGAUACUCGAGUACCAGCCGCUACUUGAUGUCAACGCGGAGUCUGGAGCUAACGGAAAGGCUCCUCUGCAUUUUGCUGUCGUUAAGAAGAACUCUGAAAUUCUGAAGCUGCUCCUAAGAAAACGAGCCUGUCCCGACAUUAGGAUGGUCGAAGGCAUUACGCCCCUGCAUCUGGCUGCCGCUAGGGGCUGGAUCGAAGGCAUCAGAAUUCUGGCUGAAUCAAACGCGUUAAUUGACUCGAAAGACUCCCUGCUUCUCGAGACACCACUCCAUAAGGCUGCACGAAACUGCAACUCCGAAGCCUGCCGUGUUUUGAUUCAAUACGGCGCGAAUCCCAAAGAGCGAAACAUAGAUGGCCAGGACUACGAGUCUAUCUUGGAAUCUGCGCAACAAUAUCCCGAUGAUUGGAAAGUAGACCCUGGAAAAGUCUCCUACCUCACUUGA